AUGGUCAUGAAAAAGGUGCUGCAGACAAAUGAUUAUGCCAGCUAUUUGAGAGAGAUACGAACGUUGAUGGAAUUGUCGCACGAGAAUGUUGUCCGAUAUUAUGACCAACCAAGCAAUUAUCCCGGUAUCGAUCCGAAAGAAUGGUUGAUGUUUAUGGAAUAUUGUGAACAUGGAUCAUUACGAGAUGUGCUGGCUGACAAGAAUUUGGUUUACUCAAUGGCCACGGUAGCCAAAUGGUGUUCCGAGCUGUUCAACGCCCUUGACUAUAUCAAAAGUAUGAAAAAGGUUCAUCAUGAUGUCAAACCGGACAAUUUAUUCGUCCAUGGCCAUGAUUAUACCCUGAAAUUGGGAGAUUUCGGGAUUGUCCGGGAUUUAAAGACGAGUUCAAACCUACGAGGCGGUACUUACGGAUACAUGGCACCGGAAGUAUUGAAUGGCAUUGAAGUGAAGGGAGAGGUUAGU